CGGCCACCACCACGGCCACGUUACGUUAUCGUACGCGUAUAGAAGAAGCGACAAAGACCGGUACAAACGUGUGCAUAAUUUUCCUGGAAAUGGCGACAAGAAGGAGACCAAAUGUGGACAGCCAGCAGACAAGUUCGAGUUUAACUGAAGGCUUGCCGUCUGUGUGGCAGAGAGCAUUCAAGGCUAAAUCCCAAUGGCCUGAAAAGGAUGAGUUUUUAGAUGUGAUCUAUUGGAUGCGACAGACUAUUGCUAUUCUUGCUGGCUUGGUCUGGGGCCUUUUACCCUUUCGUGGAUUUAUUGGAAUUGCAUUAUUUUGUGCCCUGAAUGCUGGUGUCUUAUACAUAUACUUCACAUCAUUUCAACAAGUCGAUGAUGAUGACUUUGGUGGACCUUGGGAACUUACUAAAGAAGGCUUCAUGUCUUCGUUUGCAUUAUUUCUAGUUGUGUGGAUUAUAGUCUACUCUGCAGUCUUCUUUGAUUGACAAAGUAACAGAGAGCGACACUGUUCUCAACUGGUUCACAUUAGACAUCAAGAACUUAUCAGUUAUCAAGGAGUUGUGCUCACAUCUGAGAAACGAUAGUCGCACCACCUGUCGAUUAAAUGUGAAGGAACAAUCAUCUUGUCAGAAAUUACAAACUGCUUGUAAGCAUUCCAUUUGUACAUACGAGAGGUAUGGCAGUUAUUUACAUUAUCUAUUUUUGCUUUUGAGUCAUCUGCAACAUGCUACUUCUCUCAAAGAGAUGUAUGGAAUGCCAGAAAUAUCCUUGAAAGUACAUUCGUUCGAAUGCAGAUCUCCCAUUAUGAGACUUGGAAUGAAGUACAUUGGACUCGUCGUUAUAGAUGUCUCAAUACAAAACACUGAAUGAUAGGUCUUCACAACCUGCGAGGGCUACAAAUAAGUAUUCUAGAGGGCUGUUUCAUCAUAUUGCUAUACAUAGUUAUGCAUGACUUUAUUUACCCGCAUUCUCAUUAGAGGUUUCGAUUGUACCUUGUACAAAACAGUGAACUAUGCAGAUUUAGUGUACGUAAUUAUGCAUUCUUUACUUUUGGCAAAAGGCACUACAUUCAUGCCUGAAUGAUGCACAAAAGUACAAGAGAUCUGCAUUUCUAGUCCAUUGUUUUGUUCCUACCAUCACACUAUAUUGAAACUUCUUUUGAUAAUUCCAGCCUAUGAGUGAAUGGAGUAUGGAAUGCCUAUUAGAUAGGUUACCCUUUGUUUUCUCAAUAUUUAGCUGCGUUUCCAAUUGUUUCUCUGACAUUGUGUUGGAAAAAAAAUACAGUGUAUUGAAAGUGUUUUUCACUAGAAUGCUAUUCAUGUAACACAUAGGUUCAUAUUGAAAUUACAAUGGGAACAUGAUUAAAGGCCACCGCACACCUUAUGACUGUUCGCGAUCAGAUUUUGGAACAAAUCACAUUUUGCUAAUUUUCUGAGAAUAUGAAUGAAACGUAUCUUUUAUUAGAGGUUGAAAGUAAUUGAAAUCGUAUGACUGCUAUGAUGUCAUUACGACUAGAUAUUGAAUUUGCUUUUAUUCUUAGGAUGAUAUCAUAGUCACAGAUUUGAACAUAUGUAUUCGUACAAUGAUUUUGAUCAUUACACAGUAAGAUAUUCCAUGUCUCAAUAUUAGCAUCAAAUUAUACUACGUAUUAUCCCAAAAUCGGGUCGUAGACUGAUCGUAAGGUGUGGGAUCGCCUUAAGAAUCACAUUUUGCUUGCUUAGGAAACAAUCAGGAAAGGAAAGAUCUUACCUGCCGCGCAAUAAGUCAAAAUUUUGAAAUAUAUACAUACAAGUAGGUACUGUCAACUGAGGUAAAUUUGAAGUUUGGACUCAUCUCUUUGAAAAUGAUGUCAAUGUGUACCCACCUCAAUCACAAACUGAUCCCAAAUGAUCUGAACCUCCCUACUACAUGUAAGUACUGCAGCUUAGUAUCAAACAAUUUCAGUCCCUGAGUUGUGUCCCAAGUAUUGUCAGUGUCCAAAGUCAUUGUGCCAAACUCAAAUUUAUCUCUUUUUUUGCAAAAUACAUUUACCUGACAUUGUUUCAUGUUUAUAUUUUGAUUUUGAACAUUUAAUGUGCUUCUUGAUAUUUUAUUUCCACUUUAAAACUUAUUUAGGCCUUUGAAAGACUCCUUAGUAUUUCAUUUGAUUCAGGUGAAGAACAGUCCCAAGUUGCAAAAUAAUUCAAGAUAGGACUUUGCUCUAUUUCCUGGGAUGAAAUUUGAAAAUGAAGAUACACUGUUAGCAUCUAGUUUAAGUCGCAUUAGUUUUUAUGAAAAUCAGUUUGAUGAUUUAUGAAAUACCAAUCUACAAAUCUACAAUGUGCUGUUGUGGAAGAUAAAACCCAAGUGAUUCAUUUAUCACUUGUUAUCGAGUGUGCCCAUGUUCCACUUUUCUUUAUCCUAUCCUAGCAUCAGGCUUGUUAACUUUCGACCUGCUUUAUUGGUUUAAGGUCAGAGCAGUUCUUGAGCGGUGUUUUCUGCUGUUUUUAUUUUAGGAAUCUAAUACACCCUACUGUAUGAACAGACCCUCUCUCUGAAUCUGGUGGUGGAAUAGACCACAAUUAUAUGUUUGUAAUCAUAUCUCAGCAUUUUGCUUUGUAAUUGUUAGUGCUGGUGAGCUUUCCUUAGUUAUUAUCAUAUUGAUUGCUGUUAAAGGCCUGGUCCCACUGGCCUAUGGACACAAAUCGUAUUCAUAAAGGAUACAGCGGACAAGCAGCAUUUCAGGGUGGCUCCGUCCAUUUUCAUCCGCUCCAGACAAUGGACAAAAUGGGCGAACAGUGAAAUCACAUUGGACGGAUGCUCGAUGGAUAUAGAGCGUAUGUAACACGUAUGCAAAGAUUACACAACGGAUACAUGUUAUCCAUCGGAUGGCAAGAUUCUUUUUUCAUUUUACAUGUACAUCCUCUCUGCAUAUGUAAGUGCAGUGGGACCAGGCCUUAAACAGUUUUUGAGUUCAAGGAAGGCUCCCACCAAUGCCAACCACUACUAGAGUGACAAUAAUGUACUCAAGUGUUUAGGAAACAUGGACUGCACUGUCAACAGGAAAGUGUGAUGAUGGCACAGGGUGUUUUUAACCUACCCAAAACUAUGAGUACUGCGUUGGCCUCCCAGAUGUUUACGGCCCUUCAAAGAUGCGUUUACACGGAUCUCUCCCCUCGAUCUACAUGUUACUGAGGCUUGACCACCCAUUGAUUCAUUCUUUACCCUCAAGUUUACAAUCAAAUGUAACUUCUGAGUUCAUAGUUAGCCUGAAAUUUAAUUCAGAAUCCUAGAAUUCGUUACUUUUCAUUGAACACUUUUUACGAUCUCUUGGUAAAUAAAGAUUUCUCUUAAUAACUGGG